UAUAAUGGUGAUUGGCAGUUGAAAAGGAUGGCAAAUAUGGAGAGUGCUCCGUCUUCAUCGAUAUUCUCAGUUGCCGAUUCUACAGACAAAGUUCUGAUGUUGGUAGGCACAGUUGGUGCCAUUGGCCAUGGACUGUCAGUGCCUCUCAUGGCUCUGAUUUUUGGAAGCUUAGUGAAUGCUUUCGAGCAAUCUCAUACGAAGAACACCGUGCCAAUGGUGUCUGAGGUUUCACUUGAAUUUGUGUACUUGGCUCUCGGGUGUGGACUUGCUUCUUUUCUUCAAGUGUCGUGUUGGACGAUCACUGGGGAGAGGCAGUCUUCUCGAAUUAGGAGGCUAUAUUUGCAGGCUGUACUGCGACAAGAUAUUGCUUACUUUGAUGAGAAAGUAAGCACCGGAGAAAUAAUUGAAAAGAUGUCUAGUGAUACAAAUCUUAUUCACGAUGCCAUUGGAGAGAAGGCGGGGAAGUUUGUCCAAGUUGUAACGACGUUACUUGGAGGCUUUGUGGUUGCCUUUGCAAAAGGGUGGCUUCUUGCACUAGUCAUGUUUUCAGCACUUCCUUUGACAGUCGUGUCCUCUGUCGUCGUCUACUCUCUCAGUUUCAAGAUGAAUUCUCAGGCUCAGAAAGCGCGCAAUGAUGCUGCCAACGUAGUGCAUCAAACAAUCGGCUGUAUCAGAACUGUUGCAUCAUUCAAUGGUGAGAAACAAGCUGUGGCUAGCUACAAGAAGUUUCUUGCUAGCUCCUACAAAUUCGACAUGUUUGCAGUUUUGAGUGGCGGAUCAGAAUUCGGAUUCCACAUGUUUACCAUGUUCUGCACUUAUGCUAUGGCUGUUUGGUUUGGUGCCAAAAUGAUCAUACAUAAUGGUUAUACUGGAGGGGAAGUGUAUACAGUGCUCCUCACAAUGAUAAUGGGAUCUUCUUCUCUGGGCCAUGUGUUGCGUCCACUAGCUGCAUUUGCAGCAGGCAAAGCAGCAGCUUUAAGUAUGUUUGAGACGAUAAAUAGGACACCGAGCAUUGAUGCGUAUGACACAAGAGGAAAAAUAUUGAACGACAUUCGUGGAGACAUAGAGUUGAAGUUUGUCACUUUCAGCUAUCCGACAAGACCAAAAGAGCUAAUAUUAGAUUCGUUUUCUCUGUUUAUUCCCAAUGGAACGACUGUAGCUUUGGUCGGGCAGAGUGGAAGCGGGAAGUCUACUAUUAUUAGUCUAAUAGAGCGGUUUUAUGAUCCAGUUUCGGGUGAGGUAUUGAUUGAUGGAACUGAUCUACGAGAAUUCAAGCUCAAGUGGAUUAGAUCAAAGAUAGGCCUAGUUAGCCAGGAGCCACUACUUUUCAAUGCCAGCAUCAAGGAAAAUAUUGCGUAUGGCAAAGACGAAGCGACUUCAGACCAGAUUAGAGCAGCAGCAGAGUUGGCAAACGCAAAAGAUUUCAUUGAUAAGCUUCCUCAGGGGAUGGAUACCGUGGUUGGGGAGCGUGGCGUGCAGCUUUCUGGUGGUCAGAAACAAAGAGUUGCAAUAGCUAGAGCAAUCAUAAAGGAUCCCAGAAUUCUACUUCUAGAUGAGGCAACGAGCGCGCUAGAUGCAGACUCUGAAAGAGUCGUACAAGAGGCGUUGGAAAAAGUCAUGAUGAAUCGAACGACUGUCAUUGUUGCACAUCGCUUGAGCACUAUUAGAAAUGCUAAUUUAAUUGUUGUUCUUCACCAAGGAAAACUGGCUGAGAAAGGUACACAUGCCGAACUACUCAAGGAUCCUCGCGGGAUGUAUUCUACUCUGAUACGCUCUCAAGACGUAAACAACAAAUUGGAGCAAAACAUUGAUGACAGAUACAUAACAGGUGCCACAAAAUAUGGCUUAGAGAGUUCGCGAUCAUUGGGAAUGGGAAGCAACAGCCCUGGUUCAUUGUCAAUUAGUUCCUCGAAAACUGCAUUUGAUGUUAAGUCCUCCUUCUCUACUGAUACAUCAGAAUACCAUCCGGAAGUCUCACUUUAUCGCCUUGCUCAUCUCAACAAGCCAGAGGCACUAGUGCUAAUAGCAGGAGCUGUAGUUGCUGUCAUAACUGGGGCAAUACUGCCCGUUUUUGGCUUACUAACCGCUAUCAUGAUCAAGACAUUUUUCGAGUUGCCUGAUAAAAUGAGGAAGGAUUCAGAAUUCUGGGCUUUGAUGUUUCUCAUUCUUGGAAUAGUAGCACUGGUUGCAUAUUCAUUAAGGUCAUACUUGUUUGGCGUGGCUGGGAAUAAGCUGAUUAAGCGAAUCAGAGAAAUGUGCUUCGAGAAGCUGGUUAGCAUGGAGAUAGAAUGGUUUGAUAUGGCUAAGAACUCCAGCGGCGUGAUCAGUGCAAGGCUCUCGACUGAUGCAGCUAUGAUCCGUGCUCUCGUUGGAGAUGCAUUGGCGCAGAUUGUGCAAGAAAUCGCCUCACUUCUAGUUGGGUUCGCUAUAGCUUUUGAAGCAUGUUGGCAGUUGGCACUUAUAGUUGGUGCAAUGAUGCCUCUCUUAGGACUUAACACCUAUGUACAGAUGAAGUCUGCAAAAGGAUUCAUCAAGGAAGCAAAGUUGAUGAAUGAGAAAGCGAGUCAAGUAGCGAAUGAUGCUGUUGGUAAUAUGAGAACGGUAGCUUCGUUUUGUGCUCAAGAAAAGAUCAUGGAGAUUUACAAGGAGAAAUGUGAAGGGCCAGCUUCAAGUGGGACAAAAUCAGGAUUAAUUGGUGGAAUUGGAUUUGGUUCAUCUAUGUGCUUUCUAUACUUGGUUUAUGCAGGCAGCUUCUAUGCAGGUGCUCGGCUCGUUGAGGAUGGGAAAACGACCACGGCUAAUGUAUUUUGUGUACGUUUACAUGGCUCUGUCUCAUUACAUUGCGCUCAUUUGCAUAAUGUAGUUCUUGCAAACACGCAGGUUUUCUUCGUUCUAUCAAUGGUGGCCACAGCAAUAUCCACUUGGAGUGCCAUGGCUCCGGAUUCAGGCAAAGCAAAGGCUGCAGCCGCCUCCAUAUUUGCCAUUCUUGAUGGCAAAUCCAAGCUUGAUCCUAGAGACGAGUCAGGGAUCACUCUCGAAAAUAUUGACGGAGAAAUUGAAUUCAGACAUGUUUACUUCAGCUAUCCAAGUAGGCCAGACAUUCAGAUUUUAAAUGAUCUUUCUUUGACGGUCAGCAGUCGCAAGAUAGUUGGUCUAGUUGGGGAGAGUGGAAGUGGUAAAUCAACUGUGAUCUCAUUGCUCCAAAGAUUUUAUGAAUAUGACUCUGGUCACAUCACACUUGAUGGGAUUGAGAUACAUAAGCUCCAGCUGAAAUGGCUAAGGCAGCAGAUGGGGCUGGUGAACCAAGAGCCGGUCUUGUUCAACGACACAAUCAGAGCAAACAUCGCUUAUGGCAAAGGAGAGUCCCCGACCGAGGCUGAGAUCAUAGCUGCAGCAAAAUCAGCCAAUGCACAUGAAUUUAUCAGUGGGCUGAACCGGGGAUACGACACGGUAGUAGGAGAGAGAGGGGUUCAGCUAUCGGGCGGGCAGAAGCAGCGCGUGGCAAUUGCAAGAGCGAUAAUCAAGAAGCCCAAGAUACUUCUACUAGAUGAGGCAACGAGCGCGUUGGAUGCAGAGUCCGAGAAGAUAGUUCAAGAGGCUCUGGAUAGAGUGAUGGUGAAUAGAAGCACAAUUGUAGUAGCACAUAGGCUAUCUACAAUCAGGGGAGCAGACUCCAUUGCGGUGUUCAAGAAUGGAUGCAUUGUGGAGAAAGGAAAUCACCAAAGCUUGAUCAAUAUCAAAGAUGGCUAUUACUCCUCUCUUGUAAAACUUCACCAUGCUGCAUUGCCUUAAAAAUCAUUUUCUUGGGUGUAAGAAAUUCUUUUCCUAUGUCUGUAGAUUGUUCACUUGCGCAUUAAUUUGUUCACCCUAUUUCUUGUGCCACAGUUUAGAUUUUUCGAAGAUGUCAAUAAGAAAAUUAACGGGCCCCGCUUUCCAAGUGACAUCCAACUUGCACGAAUUAUUAAUGGGCCCCACCGUAUUCAGAUUAUCCACUGACAAAUUUCAAUACAACUUUCCAAGUAAAAUAACUUGAUUGCAAUCUUUCCACUGAAACAAAGAAUAAAUCUGCAUACAAACAAAUUUAGAAAUUAAUCAGCACACACAGCAACGCACGGCGCAUAUAAUGAUUUCACAGUAAUUUCCGUUUCUAUUUUUUAAAUAAAAAACGAAAAGUAAAAGUUGAAUUUCCCAUCGUUUCGCCCUAAUUCUUCCGGUGAUUCCUUCACCGUAGCAUCGAUCUUCAUAUGCUAAGCAUGUGGCGAAAUUGAUCUGAUUGGUAUUUCCCUUUCCCUUUGCUUCAAACAUCAGAUUUUAACGAUUUUUGCGGCUUUGACCACCGGAUUCCCCCUCGCGAUCGCUUCCCGGCCGGCCGAUUUGUAAUCAUAGCUGCAGUCGUGCCGAUCGGAGUAUCGAUGAUCGGCGCAGAAAAGGUCUCCGCACCGGCAUCGGAAUCCGGUCAGACCUACCUUCUUCCGACAACCGGAGCACCGAUUAACUUCUCUCUUCAUCGGAAUCGCAGCUACGGAGGUCUCUCUCUUCAGAUCUCGGCUCGCCGCAGCAGAAGCGAGCCUCCUCUCCGGCAGAAACGAGCUAGAUCUGAAGGAUUUCUCCAACAAAACGUGAUUCAACGGCUUCGCCACGGCACCGACGGAGGUUGAUGCCGCUGCGGUUGCGUUGAAACACUUCUGACAGAGAUUAUUAGCGGCGGAGGAGUUUCCGGCCACGCCGCACUUGACGCACAGCGACAUGGUCUCAGGUACGACCUUGAACUCCGUCUCCUCCUUCUCCGUCCUCUGCGCCAUUUUUUACUGAAAAAAUUAAAAUCUGAAAAACAAAGAACCAAUGAAUCUGGACAGAAACGUUGGCGGAUUGAUCUCUAGAGAGAGAGAGACAGGGGCGUGUGGAGGGAGUUGCGGGCUGGCUUUGGGAAGGGAGGAGGUGGGAUUUGAAGGGGUCGAGAGGUCGGUAAUGGUGAGGAGUUAUGGACGAUAAUGCCCUCGUCAUUUUUUACUUGUUUUGUGCUGGAAAAUCUAAUUACUUAUCUUACUUUAUUACGAGUAUUUAUAUAAUCCCACUUGUUUCAAUACUUUAAGUUAUCCUUUUCA